UGACGAUGAAGGUCCUCGUAUCGCUCUGCACUUUUUUGGCCUUCGGGGUGUCGACUCCAUCUCCGAUUCAGAGGCAGGACAAGAGAGCUGCUACACCGGCUUAUACUUCCUACACCAUUGACCAGCCGAUUGACCACUUUCCCGAGUCCGACCGUUAUGUGCCACACACGAAUGAUACUUUCAAGCAGCGAUAUGUUUUCGACUCUUCAUACUACAAGCCGGGAGGUCCGGUCUUCUUGUACAUUGGAGGAGAGACCAGCGUGGAAAGUCGAUUUUCGAACUUGCAAACUGGGAUCAUCCAGAUCUUGAUGGAGAAGUUCAACGGGAUUGGUGUCAUCCUGGAGAAUCGCUAUUAUGGCAAAAGCUAUCCUUACAAAACCAGUACGACUGAUGAGUUGAGGUUCCUGACGACUGAGCAAACCAUCGCCGACAACGCCUAUUUCAGACAGCAUGCAACUUUCCCCGGGGUCAAUGAGAGCCUCAGCGGACCUGAUGUACCCUGGAUCAUGUACGGUGGUUCGCUCGCCGGCGCACACACUGCGUUCACUAUGAAGACAUACAACUCGAUAUUCGCUGGCGGAAUCGGCAGCAGCGCCACGACGCAAGCUCUACUGAACUAUCCCCAAUGGUAUUCGCCCAUAAUCCAGUAUGGCCCGGCAGAUUGUAUCUCCAGGAUCGUGAAUAUCAUUGACAAGAUUGAUGCACUCAUCUCAUCGAACAGCACGGAAGGUAUCCAGCAACUAAAAGAGGUCUUCGGACUCGGUGCCUUAGAAGACUUACGCGACUUUGCCAUGACCAUCGCAUUUCCGAUAGGUGGCCCAAUGAACUAUCCAACGAAUACGUGGCAAGAGCUAAAUUGGAAUCCACAGUACGGCUCACAGGACUUUUGGCACUUCUGCUCAAACGUCACGAAUCUCAAUCCACCAAAUAAUGUCAGCAGUGUCGAUACUGCGUUGACAAAGUACUCUAGUGGUGAAGCUUGGGCUAGGUCUGGGUGGAUACGCAGACUACAUCAAGAAGACACUUUUACCAAACUGCGAGAGCGGCAGAAUCGACAGUACAGAUGAAGGCUGCU